GCUCUCAGUCCGGGUGGCGGUUGCCUAGGCAACUCCACGAACAGCCCAGCUUCUCCCCUCCUCUCCCCCCUCCCCACCUUCGGAACUGGGGGUGUGUGUGGAGGGUGUGCAGCGUGUGGGGGUGAAUUUAAAGAGGCACCGCCCCUUUUAAAAUUAGGUGCUUGAAGGGCGGUGCCUGUGCAGGCUGGGGCGGACGCCAGGUCUGUUUUCGAAGGGACUCUCCCCCCACCAUCCCCCCCCCAGUUCCUGCCGCGGGUGUCCCGCCUGGCCCGCUGUCCUAGGGAGGGGUUUCCCCUGCGCUUCCUCUUGCACUUCCCACUCCAUUUCCGGGGGGCGGGAGGAAGAUUGGGGAAGUGGGUUAGUCCCCUGGGCAAUGGCUGUCCUGGGUCAGGGACCCUUAGCUUCUGCCCAGGGAGGGUCACCCUGUGGCCACCACCCCUCCCCCUCCGCUUCCCGGUGCUUACCCCUUCCGGACCAGACUCCCACCCCGCCUCUCCCCGCUUCUUACUCGGCGGCCACGGCCUUGGAGCUGACGUCAGCCCUGCAUCCCCCAGGCCUCGGGCCAGCGGCCAGGAGCUGCCUCCCCCAGCCCCCGUCCCGCGGCCCCCAGCCGCCCCCAACCCCGCCCCACGGGCCCGGCGCCAUGAGUGAGCUGGAGCAACUGAGACAGGAGGCUGAGCAGCUCCGGAACCAGAUCCGGGAUGCCCGGAAAGCAUGUGGGGAUUCAACACUGACCCAGAUCACGGCUGGGCUGGACCCAGUGGGGAGGAUCCAGAUGAGGACACGGAGGACCCUCCGUGGGCACUUGGCCAAAAUCUACGCCAUGCACUGGGGGACAGACUCAAGGCUGCUGGUCAGCGCCUCCCAGGAUGGGAAGCUCAUCAUCUGGGACAGCUAUACCACCAACAAGGUCCAUGCCAUCCCGCUGCGCUCCUCCUGGGUCAUGACCUGUGCCUAUGCACCCUCAGGGAACUUUGUGGCCUGUGGGGGCUUGGACAACAUCUGCUCCAUCUACAGCCUCAAGACCCGUGAGGGCAAUGUCCGGGUCAGCCGGGAGCUGCCUGGCCACACCGGGUACCUGUCAUGCUGCCGCUUCCUGGAUGACAACCAGAUCAUCACCAGCUCUGGGGAUACCACCUGCGCCCUGUGGGACAUUGAGACAGGUCAGCAGACCGUGGGCUUUGCUGGACACAGUGGGGACGUGAUGUCACUGUCACUGGCCCCCGAUGGCCGCACCUUUGUGUCAGGGGCCUGUGACGCCUCUAUCAAGCUGUGGGAUGUGCGGGAUUCCAUGUGCCGACAGACCUUCAUUGGCCACGAGUCUGACAUCAACGCCGUGGCUUUCUUCCCCAAUGGUUAUGCCUUCACCACGGGCUCCGACGAUGCCACGUGCCGCCUCUUUGACCUGCGAGCUGAUCAGGAGCUCCUCAUGUAUUCCCACGAUAACAUCAUCUGUGGCAUCACCUCUGUCGCCUUCUCGCGCAGUGGCCGGCUGCUGCUCGCCGGCUAUGAUGAUUUUAAUUGCAACAUCUGGGAUGCUAUGAAGGGUGAUCGUGCAGGUGUUCUCGCUGGCCACGACAACCGAGUGAGCUGUCUUGGAGUCACUGACGAUGGCAUGGCUGUGGCCACAGGCUCCUGGGACUCCUUCCUCAAGAUCUGGAACUAACUGCCCUGACCCCAGCUGGGCCCAGGCCUGGAGGGGCCUGCCCAUGCCCACACUACAGGCCGGGAGCUCUGCUCUGGGGCUGGGCAUGCUAUGAGCCUCCGUCCCUGGGCCACGGGUCCCUGCUCCCUCACCCAGGUUUGGUUCCUUCCGGGGCCCCCAUGGCAGAGGUGAAGAUGGGGGUGGGAUGGGGGAAGAGGAUGGGCAGAAAGCCCACAUCCUCUGGCUGCCCUGGGGUCAGGGCCUCGCCCCUCCGGAGGGCCUGAGGCAGGAGGUGGAAACCCCAGGGGCUGGCUUUUUUAAAACUGGUUUUAUUUUAAUUUUUAUUAUAUUUUCAGUUUUUCCAUAAAGGAACCAAUUCCAACUCUGUA